AUGGCCGAUAAAAGCUAUGACUAUUGGGAUGAUAAUGAUGACGAUAGCACUUAUAGUUUGGACGAUAGCUCAGAGAUACCGCAGCCAAUGUCCAGCAAAGAGCUACAUGAGCUGUCACCCGAUAAAAUGGCCGCCAAUGAGAAGAACAACGAGUCGGCUAUUAUCAAACAGACCAUUAAUUUUGGUCAUCAACUGAAACAAUGUGAGGCCAUUGUUAGUGCCGCCUAUCGAGUGGCCGAUUAUGUGCCGGAAAUCAAAAAUGCCGAACAAAGCAAGUUCUGGAAAGAAACUAUUAUUCCUAUUUUGGUGGACAGUUUGAAACAGGAUGUAUUGGCCCGAUCGGUAAUAACAUCUAGUUUUGCAGCCGUACGCGAUCUAACCAUUACUAUACAAAAAGUGUACGAAAUUGUUAAGUUUAGCAAAGGCAGUCAGGCAGCCAUAGCGGUCGCCAAGAAAAAUAUACCGCAAGCCUUAAGCCGAUUGAACCAAUGUAUCGAAAGGGCUAAACAAUUGGACUCAAAUGCCAUCAAUAUAUUCGGUGAACAGACAACUAAAAUCUUUCAUAUCAUUGGUCCGGAAGCGGCAAAGUUUGCGGAAGAAAAGGCCAAAAAACAACAUGAAAUUAAUAAAUAUUUUGACGAUAAAAACAAAUUAAUUUAUCCAAUCGCACAGUUAACUGGUGAUAUUGAAAAAUAUAAUCAUCUAAUCAAUGCAACCAACAAAUACUUGGGUCGGGUUGAGUCGGAAUUGGAUGAAACUAAACGCCGUACUGAGGAAAUGUAUCGAUUGAAAAGGGAGGCCCAGGAGUCCAUACAAAACAUACCGGACACUAUUAUUGUGCCCGAACAACAAACUGAAUCAAAAAGUUUUUUGGGUAUAAAAUGGUGGUCAAAAACAUCAACAAUAUAUGUUGAAGAUUCAAAUCCUCACAAACAUUCAGAUUUAAGACACUAUGAAAAUGCUGUCCGCGUUCACGCCGACCAACUAAAGGCUAACCAAUCCGUAGAAACCGGUAAACAAUUAGCUAUGGAAAGACUGUCCGCAGAUAAAGCCAAUUAUGAGAAGCAAUUGAUGGCAAGUUGUAAACAAUUGCAACAAUUGAACGCAGAUUUACCAAAACAAACGGAUAGUAUUAACAAACAAAUCAAUAAGUUAUACGAAGAAAUCGAUGAUUUAGAUAGAGAUGCGUUUGAAGCGUACAGUAAGUAUGGACUACAGGGCAACACAUUAGUAGACUGUUUGAUAAAUGUGCGAACAUUUGCCAAAUCUAUUAAACCGGGAGCGACAGCAUAUUCACCGCUACACUCCAUACUAACCGCAAUUAAGGCGAUUGUCGAAACUUAUGUCGAUUUUUUAGGGUCGGGUGAAGAAAAAUAUGAAAUAUUUAUGGCAGGUCAAUUAUUGAUGCGCCAGGUCGAAUUUCUAUCCAAUUAUAAUUUAUUGGCUAUCGAUACGUUUGCACCGUCCGAUCAAUACAAUAGACAGUCGCAAGGUUUAGAUGGUAAAAUAACCAUGGCCAUUAUGGCACCUCCCAAAUAA